CUCUACAUAACCCGGAUGAGGCUGAGCUUCCGCGGACUGAGCUUCAUUCUCCUGUAGCGGCUUAGGAAGAGCAGGAUCAGCGGAACUACAGAAGAAAUAAAAUAUUUCCUGAAAUUCAUCUCUACCAACAACAAGGAUAUUUAAACAAAGAGCAAUGUUAAACUGCUGAAAAAGGUGAAGCACAAAACAUCCUGAAGAGUCUCCAGAACAGGCAGAAAUCGUUUGCUAAAUUUAAAAGACAAAUGAAGCCAAGACUCGGCAUGGAGAAACAUCACCACUCUGCCAAGGGUUUUACUAAACAGAGUUCUCUCAAAAAACACCAGCGCAUUCACACAGGAGAGAAACCGUAUCACUGCUCAGACUGUGGGAAGAGUUUUACUACACCGAGUGAUCUCAAAAAACACCAGCGCAUUCACACAGGAGAGAAACCGUAUCACUGCUCAGAAUGUGGGAGUUGUUUUAAUCAAAUGAAUCAUCUCAUAAUACACCAGCGCAUUCACACAGGAGAGAAACCGUAUCACUGCUCGAAGUGUGAGAAGUGUUUUACUACACACGGUAAUCUCAAACUGCACCAGCUCAUUCACACAGGAGAAAAAACGUAUAACUGCACAGAUUGUGGGAAGAGUUUUAAUCGACAGAGUACUCUCAAACUGCACCAGCGUGUUCACACAGGAGAGAAACCGUAUUCCUGCUCAGACUGUGGGAAGAGUUUUAAUCGACAGAGUCAUCUCAAACUGCAUCAGCGCAUUCACACAGGAGUGAAACCAUAUUACUGCUCAAAGUGUGAGAAGUAUUUUACUACACAGAGUAAUCUCAAAAAACACCAGCUCAUUCACACAGGAGAGAAACCGUAUCACUGCUCAGAGUGUAUGAAGUGUUUUACUACAGAGACAAGUUUAAAAACACAUCAGAGCAUUCACACAGGAGAGAAACCUUAUCACUGCACAGACUGUGGGAAGGGUUUUACUCGACAGAGUGAUCUCAAAAAACACCAGCGCAUUCACACGGGAGAAAAACCGUAUCACUGCUCAGACUGUGAGAAGAGUUUUUAUCGACAGAGUGAUCUCAAAAAACACCAGCACGUUCACACAGGAGAGAAACCACAUCACUGCUCAGACUGUGGGAAGAGUUUUACUACACAGAAUCAACUCAAAAGACAUCAGCGCAUUCACACAGGAGAGAAACCGUAUCACUGCUCAAAUUGUGAGAAGAGUUUCACUCGACAGAGUACUCUCGAAAUACACCAGCGCACUCACACAGGAGAGAAACCGUAUCGCUGCUCAGACUGUGAGAAGAGUUUUAAUCGACAGAGUAAUCUCAAAAAUCACCAGCGGAUUCACACAGGAGAGAAACCGUAUCACUGCUCAGACUGUGAGAAGAGUUUUACUACACAAAGUAAUCUUAUACAACACCAGCGCAUUCACACAGGAGUGAAACCAUAUUACUGCUCAGUGUGUGAAAAGUGUUUCGUUGCAAAGGGUGAUCUCAAAAAACACCAACGCGUUCACACAAAACAGAAACCGUAUCACUGCUCAGACUGUGGGAAGUGUUUUACUUCACAAAGUUAUCUUAAAAAGCACCAGCGCAUGGAUAGAAAACUAUCACAAAUUUGUUCCUCUGCCAUAAAAAAAUGCAAAUCCUAAAUCUUUCAGACAGCAAAAAAAAAACACCUUAUCAUAUGUAAAUUCUUCACUCUGUCUCUCGGGACACAUUCCACCAGGGACAAACCUGAAAUUAAUAAUGGCUUCUUUUUUUUUUACAGGUUCAGCAAAAUUAAUCUUAUCCAUGGAUGAUGUUUACUGACUUUUAUUUUAUGUUUUCAUGUAUGUUUGGAUACCCAAUGCCUGCAGAGCUCUGUUGUGUUGGGCCUCGUUUUUACACACACACACACACACAAAAUCAUAAAUGGAACCACUAAACUCCAUAAACUAAGAACAUACAUUUUAUAAUCAUAUAUUAUUUUCAGUGAUAUGCUGAAUGAAUGAUGGUGAUGAUGCUAGCUUACAGUAAAAUCCUCUAUAGAUAACUAUAUUGAUUUACAGGUUUACUGCAGUAGCCUUAAGACCUAAACUUAGUAAACAUUUAAAAAGUGUUGUUAUAAUAAUUCCAGUAUGUAGUUGGAUAAGUUUCAUCAAGCUUAUUGAAGAACUACACCAUGUUUUUUCCCCAAUCUUUCCCCCACAGUGCUAGAAAGGAAUACGGGCACUAAUCAUGAACACUGUUAUGACCAUAAGCUCUUUUAUUCCAAACUGGAAACUUAAAAUCCUUGGAAGUAAACUUUUCAUAAACAGCAAUGAAUCUCAUCUCACUUUUUCUUUAACAUCUCCCCAGCCACUCCCAAGGGUUGCUAAGUGCAUUAAUGGAUGAACACAAAUCUUAUUAAGGAUUAAAGGAUUAAAAUUGACUGUGACACGUAAA